UUGACAUUUCGCUGUCCUUUUUCUUAUUUAAAGGUCGCGAGGGUUAGCGGCAAGUUUUCAAGUAAAUUUCCUCCCUAGUCAUCAGUAAUUAAUUAAGCAAUGCUCAACCGGAUCGUGAAACCGUCCAUUUCCGGCGUACCAAAGGCAGUUAAAUGCUUCAGCACGACGCCUCAGAACAACUUCAAAGUGGCCGUGGCAGGCGCGAGCGGCGGAAUCGGGCAACCCCUAUCGCUCCUGCUCAAGCAAAACCCUCUCGUUACUGAAUUAUCCCUGUACGAUGUCGUACAUACCCCCGGUGUCGCCGCUGACCUCUCGCAUAUCGAAACGCCCGCGAAAGUAAAGGGAUAUGUCGGGGCAGAGAGCAUUUGUGACGCUUUUAAGGGUUGCGACGUCGUCGUGAUUCCGGCCGGUGUACCCCGAAAACCUGGCAUGACGAGAGACGACCUUUUCAACACCAACGCGUCCAUCGUGCGAGACAUCGCGAAGGCGUGCGUCGAGGCCUGUCCCAAGGCGAUGCUCGCCAUCAUUUCCAACCCGGUUAACUCGACGGUUCCCAUUGCUUCCGAAAUAUUCAAAAAGGCAGGUAAAUACGACCCCAAGAGAAUAUUCGGCGUGACCACCCUCGACGUCGUCCGCGCAAACACCUUCAUCGCGGAGGCAAAGUGUCUCGACCCGCUUACCGUCAAAGUGCCGGUCAUCGGCGGUCACGCAGGCGUCACGAUCAUGCCGCUCAUCUCGCAGGCGUCGCCCAAGGUGUCGUUCAGCGAGAGCGAGCUCAAGGCGCUCACCGUACGCAUUCAGGACGCCGGCACGGAGGUGGUCAAGGCGAAGGCGGGCGCCGGCUCGGCGACACUCUCGAUGGCGUACGCGGGCGCCAGAUUCGCCAUCGCCCUGCUACGCGGUCUGAAGGGUGAGGCGAACGUCAUCGAGUGCGCGUUCGUCAAGUCGGACGUCACCGAGGCGCCCUACUUCGCGACGCCUCUACUGUUGGGAAAAGGGGGAAUCGAGAAGAACCUGGGACUCGGCACGCUAAGCGCGUUCGAGCAGCAGCUGCUGAAGGCUGGCAUACCGGAACUGAUUGCUAGCAUUAAGAAGGGGGAACAAUUUGUAAAUAAAUAAAGGUGAUCUAUGCUUCGAACGGUGUUUUGUUUUGCAGUGUUGCGAUAUUUUAGACUGGGAAAAUUUUAAUUUGUUUAGUAAAAUUAGCGUAAGUGUAACAUGUACAAUACCAUCAUUUAUAAUAUAAUGUGACAUAAGGGACCUUGA